UCCCGCCUGAGGAAGAUGGCGGCGGCCUCGGCUUCAGCCUCGGGCCUGUCCAAGGCCGAAUACCUGCGGCGGCGCUACCUGGAGGCCGGCGGGCCGGCGGCGGACUCGGAGGCCAAGAAGCGGCGCAAGAAGAAGAAGGCGGCGAAGGAGCUGCCUCCGGGAAGAAUUCGCAUAGUGGAUGAUGAUGACACGAGCUGGAAAAAUAUCCCUAUUGAGCAGGAAAAAGAGGAUGAGGAGGGGGAUGAUGGAGACUUACCUGUGGUGGCUGAGUUUAUUGAUGAGCGGCCAGAUGAGGUUAAAUGGAUGGAAGAAUUCCGAACCAGUAACAAGUGGAAGCUGUUGGGAGAUCAGAAGAAAGAGUCACAAGAAUCUGAUCGUUCUGUGACUGCAAAGUCAACAAAGAGUUCAGAAGCCACAAAACAAAAAAGAGCAAGGCAUUCGCCAGACCAGUCACCGCCGAGGAGACGUCAUGACUCGCUGGACCAAUCACCGCCCAGGAGGGUCCUCCGUGACUCGCCGGACCAGUCACCGCCCAGGAGGACCCGUUGUGACUCACCAGAUCAGUCCCCACCCAGGAGGGGCCGCCGGGACUCACCUGAUCCAUCACCUAAAAGGCAUCAUUCUGACACAGGCAAAAAUAAUACCAGAAGCUCGCAUGGAGGCCGAAAGGAACACUACGCUGACAAGCCCUCAGCCCAUCAGAGGUGGCAAGCUACCUCUGACCUGUCCCCACCCCAGAAGAAGAUGCGUGAUUCUGAUGCCGGCCCGUUGCUGUCUCAGAAACGGCAGUUGCCCACUGGGGGUCUAGGAAAGCAAAGCAACGCCAGAGACUCUGAAGCCAAUAAACAGUCCCAUUCAUCAGCACCUUCACCAAGGAAGCGCCAGAGACAUGAUUCUGAAUCCGACUCCGAUUCUCCCCCACCCAGGAGGAGUGCCAAAACCUCCUCAGAUUCGGACCUUUCCCCACCACGGGCCUCUCGCAGUACACACUCACAGCGCCCGAGCUCUCCUUCCGACCUCUCUCCUCCCAGAAGAACACGGUGCAAGUCUUCAGACUCUGAUUUGUCCCCUCCCCGAAGAGGUCAAGAAGGCAGGAGGAAGGCCCACAGGUCCAAGAGCCCCCCUGACCUCUCACCACCUCGACGGGCCAAGGACACCAAAGGGAAGGAUGGCGUCCAAAAGGGCCCUCAGAUGCUUUCGGGAGGCAAAGCUGGCUUAGUGUCAGCUGAGCUACUGAGGAAGGAGCAGCAUGAGCUCAGGAAACAGCAAAGCAGCAGCAAACAUUUGGAAGUUGAAUCGCGACAUACUGAAACGGUUUUCCGGGACAAGUCGGGCCGCAAGAGGGACCUGAAGCAGGAGUUGCUGGAACAGCGCAAGAAAGCACAGGAGAAAUCUGAGAGAGAUGAGCAGUAUGCCAAAUGGGGAAAGGGCCUCACACAGAGCCGGCAGCAGCAGCAGAAUGUGGAAGAUGCAGCAAAAGAAAUGCAGAAGCCACUGGCCCGGUACAUUGACGACCAGGACUUGGACAAGAUGCUGCGGGAGCAGGAGCGUGAAGGGGACCCCAUGGCUGAUUUCCUUAAGAAGAAAAAGGCCAAGGAGAAGAAAGAUACAAAAGAAAAACCAAGAUACAAUGGACCAGCACCCCCACUUAAUAGGUUCAACAUCUGGCCUGGGUAUCGCUGGGAUGGAGUGGACAGGUCCAACGGCUUUGAGCAGAAGCGCUUUGCUAGGAUCUCAAGUAAGAAGGCAGUUCAGGAGCUGGCAUACAAGUGGAGUGUUGAGGACAUGUGAUUUUCCAUCCUGAGAUGCGACGGAACCUUCUCCCAGUGCUGGAGAUGGAAGGAUCUCCUCUGCAACAGGGUUAAAGGGGUCCACCUAUCAAGACUAUUCCAGGUGGUUUUGGAAGGGCUUGGAGGCAGCUUGCCGUAUCCAGGCAGAAGGUGAGGCUGAUGGAAUUCCUGCAGUAUAUAUAGACUGGACAAGGAGGUGUGAGAGAGAGCCACCUAUGGUGCAGAAGCCCCAAGUCCUUUUCGGAUGGAAACCUCUGGAAAUCCACUGCUGGAAGAAACUGGUCUCUUCCAUAUUAGCCUCAUGGAGCAGUUGAGGAUGCUGCAGCUGACAAAAGCUGUAUCUGAAAUCUCAGGUGCUUUUUCUGGGUAAGGGACAGCGAGAGACGAGGUUAAGGAGAACUCCCUUCAUUGAAUAGUGUUCCUUCUGCGCCUUGGAAGGGUUUAACUGUUUUCUUGUGGCUGCUCACCAUGGUUGAAACCACUGGCUGGUUUGUGGCUCUGAACAUCCGGGUGUAAAUAAGCACACCAUCUUGGGUUUUCUGUCUUGCACUGUCGGGUGCACGCACUUCUGGACUGUGCAGCUUUUGCCUGGGCAGGGAGAACAUUUUCCCAUAGCUUUUUCCUAAAAGGACCAGCUGGAAAUCCACACUGUAGUAUUUGAGUACUUGCCUCCAACAGCACCUCAAGGAGCUAGUUGGGAAAUCAACGUGCAAGUUCUGAAACCCUUUUGCAUUUCCCCUGAAGCAUCUGCUGGUGUCACCGAAGGAGUCUCUUCUGUUCCUGCAAAACAUAGGGAAACUAAAUGCAAAGACUUUUUCAUAGGAAAUGGGAUUCUUUGCAGCUAAAAUUUCUACUACUCUUUGUAUUUUUGAUGUACAGUUUGUAAAUAACAACUUCCUUUUCCUUUUGUAAAGUUCUGUUACCACCAUGUUUGUACCAGGGAACAAGAAAGAUUUGGUCUUAA